AUGUCGACGGGCACCUCGAUUGCUGCUUGGCGUGGGGGUAGUGCAAGUCAUUUUCAGAAGAGAGCUACCGUUGAUUCACAGUUAAUUAAACGACGUCGACUGUGGCUUCUCUGUGUUGUUCAUCACCAUCUUUGCCCAGAAAUUGAAUCAUUAGAAUUUCUGCCAUGGAAGGAUUGCAGCUUUACAAAGCCAAAUGAAUCAGCUGUGGCGAGUUACAAUGUAGCAUGCUGUUAUUCAAAGCUUAAUCAGGUACAAGCUGGCCUGUCCGCCUUAGAGGAUGCUCUGAAAGGCGGAUUUGAAGAUUUUAAGAGAAUCAGGACAGAUCCUGACCUUGCCAAAAUAAGGAUAUCUGAGGAUAUCGAAAAGGUUAUGAAGAAGUUUGAUGAAGCGUUUAUCAGUGAAAACGCUAUCGAUGCUAUCAAAUCAAUAUUCGGUAUAUCUAUCAAGCAAUAA